AUAGGGCCAGUCUUUAAAACACGGUCGUUGAGAAAUCUCCACACGAGUGUUGACACGGUGAGAAAUCUUUGGAAAAGAGCCCGGAAAAUCACCAUCGAAGUUAACAGCAAACAUUGGAGCCAGGGUGUGAUGCCAAAAGGCUCAAGUUAUAGACAUAAGUCUUGUUUUCCCUUAGUCUGAAAGGAAGAAGUUUGUUGUGUUUACACAUAUUGUAAACCGAGAAAAAGAUUCCACACCGCGAGAAAAUAAGACUAGGCUCAAUAGGUCAAGGCUGCAGACCUAGCCUAAGUGCAAGAAACAAAGUGCCUUAAACCACAAGCGAGGAGGCAAACGAUAAACACGAACUGCACCCAGUAUCAGACCCACGGACGGAUAACCAAAUAAUGGCAGGAGUCACGCAUAUUGAACAGCUGAAACUGGACUUGGAAGAGGUCAACAAGUUGAUUCACCUCGCCGACCGCCAGCGCGUCAAGGGGGUCCUGUCCAUUGAAAAGGGUCGCCUGGAGGCAGAGAUUGCACAGAAAGAGAAGGCGUCAUCGAUGGGCGGCGGGGGGGAAACGGCAAGGGCAACUCCGGCUGGGCAGAAGCAGAAACAGCUCGCGACGACAACUAUCAAGACAUACGGCUGGGACCAGUCGGACAAGUUUGUGAAAAUCUACAUCACUCUGAAUGGCGUGCAUUCCAUCCCAGCCGAGAACGUGUCGGUGGAGUACGGAGAAAACUCCUUCAAGUUAGUAGCCAACAAUCUACGAGAUGCCAAUCAUCAGCUUGCCAUCAAUGGCCUCCUCAGAGCCAUCCUUCCCAAAGAGAGCCACUUCAAGAUCAAGACGGAUGACGUUGUGAUUUUCCUGAAGAAGAGAGACCAGGGCAACAGCUGGAAAUACCUGACACAGGUGGAGCAGAGGCUGAAGGACAAGGACAGUACACCCGAGAUGGACAAGGACGCGGACCCCAGCUCAGGCAUCAUGGACUUGAUGAAGAAGAUGUACGACGAAGGAGACGACGAGAUGAAGCGGACCAUUGCCAAGGCCUGGACUGAGUCGAGGGACAAGCAAGGGGCUGGGAUGAUGUAACCCCCCUGGGACGAGGGGAGCUAAGUGGGGGGUAGGGGGAGCUGUAUCCAGAGCAACUCUGCAGGGAAUCUUGCUCAGCCAAUCUAUCCGCCAAGCUGAAACGAUCAGGGUACCAGUGGCAGGCAGUAUACACACUGUGACAUGUUGGCUGGUAACCUUCCUUUGCUAAUCUUUAGCAGACUGUUCCUGCCCAGCGGCUUCAUGAGGUUGGUCCUGAGUCUGUUUCUAAAAAGACUCGGUGGUUGUGAAGAGCAUUCCAAAGUCUACGCAGAUUGCCUGCAGGGUUGAGUAGUCACUCUUCCUUUCAAUUCUGUCCUGUUGGUUUCUUGAAGACUUUUGUGAGGCAUUUUCAGAGUUACGUAUAAUGUUGGCAUGUUUCUGUUUUUUACUCAUGACCCUGUAAAUAAGCGAUGGAGGGCGCAACAAUGAAGUAUUUUGGAAACGGUUUUGGACGUAAACUUUGCGAGAUAUGUAUGCAACCAUACGUAUGAAGCCAAACCACGGUGGUUGUGUUUAUAUUGCACAUGCCCAAUGUGUAUUAGACUCACGUUGCAGCUGUUCAUCGUUAUAUCAACAGUAAAAACACCAUCAAUUUGUGUGAAUUGCGGUAGCCAAGUGGUUACAGCAUUAUGGUUUGUGAUGCCUGGGGUGUGGGUUCGAAUCAUGGGUCAGAAUUGUGGGCAGGGAGGUUUUUUUUAAAGGAAAAUAAAGCCCAAAUGUUA